GAACCUGUCAACUUCCUAUAACCUAAUAAUGUGUAUUUAUAUUUUUUCUUGAAAUAUCUUGAUUUUUUUUGCGGCAAUUUCUGUUAUUAGAUUCGUUGUUAGUGAUGUAGUAAAGCUGAGAUAGUCAUGAUUAUGAUAGCUAUGAAUGAAAUAUCAUAGAUCUCCAACAUGCAAUUGAAGAGUACAAGUAAUACAUCUUUAUCUGCAUUAGAAUAAGUAAAAUGAGUAUAUUUUAGUGUAUGCGAACCUUAAAUUCAUACUUGGUUCAUGAUUAAUAUGCUAUAUAAUGUAAGUACUCGCUAUGAUUUUAUGCAUUACCUCACUUUGAUAUAUACAAAGCUGUUUGUACUCAAGUUAAUACCUUCUGAACACGAUACAUUUACAGCUUCCUAAGCGAUAUCUUUAAUAAGCCCAACUGAGACUUCUGAAUAUAACUCCUAAUAUCUACAAUGUACAAUUAAAACAUUUCAGCUGUACGCUAGUAUAUUUAGAAAAUGAAUGAUGAGAAGCUAGUAACAGAAGUACCUAGCAGCCUUAAACAGCUUGCUAGGUUAGUGGUACGUGGUUUCUACUCAAUAGAAGAUGCCUUGAUUGUUGACAUGUUGGUUAGGAAUCCUUGUAUGAAGGAGGAUGAUAUUUGUGAGCUUUUAAAGUUUGAAAAAAAGAUGCUGAGGGCUCGGAUAGCCACUUUGAAGAAUGAUAAAUUCAUACAAGUUCGUUUAAGAAUGGAAACAGGUCUUGAUGGAAAAGCUCAAAAGGUGAACUACUAUUUUAUAAACUAUAAAACCUUCGUGAAUGUGAUAAAGUACAAAUUAGAUUUGAUGAGAAAAAGACUAGAGACUGAAGAACGAGAUGCGACUAGCAGAGCUAGUUUUAAGUGUCCAGGAUGCCUAAAAACAUUCACAGAUCUUGAAGCAGAUCAGUUAUUUGAUUUUGCUACCUCAGAGUUCCAUUGCACAUAUUGUAGGGAAGUAGUAGAGGAAGAUAUGUCUGCACUGCCAAAAAAAGACUCCAGAUUGUUGCUAGCCAAAUUCAAUGAACAACUGGAGCCUAUCUAUAUACUUCUGCGAGAGGUUGAAGGUAUCAAAUUAGCACCUGAGGUCUUAGAACCUGAACCAGUAGAUAUAAAUACAAUAAGAGGUAUAGACAAAAAGAUGUCUCUCAACCCCUUGGGUCAAGAAUGGUCUGGAGAGUCGACAAGACGUUCUGGAUUUGCAGUGGAAGAAACAAGGGUAGAUAUAAUGAUAGGGGAAGAGAGCAAUGCAGCUGUGAACAGGAAAGAGCAACCAAUAUGGAUGACAGAAUCUACAGUGGUGACAACCGAUGGUGGUGCAGAUGGGGUGAAAGAGGAAGGGUUGCUUGAUGCAGCAGCUUCAGCAGAUGCAGAUGGAGGCGGUGGUCUGUCUUCGAAGAACGACGACAUAAUGUCAGUACUGCUGGCACACGAAAAACGGCCUGCAGGUGGCGCUGGAGGCGCAGUCGCAGCUAACGCUAUCAGAGGACUGGCCGGCGCUGAUUCGGAUAGUAGCAAUUCGGAGCCUGACGAAAUGAGGACAGCUGUAGAUGCAGGAGAGGUGGAACUGAUGGAGAGUGAAGAUGAGGAAGAUGAUGCUGUACCUACUGUGGCUGUUGGAGGGAAGACCUAUCCAAUCACAGAUAUCAAUGACACCAUCAUUGCAGAGAUGACUCAGGCUGAAAAGGAGAUCUACGUUCAAGUGUUCCAAGAGUACUAUUCUCACAUGAGUUACUAGUACAUACAUGUAUUGUUAGAUAGGAUUAUCUUCAUUUUUUAUUUUGUAAUAUAAUAGUGAUAUACAGUUACA